UCGCUCUGGGUCACUGCUGCUGCUUCUGUUUUCAUAAGCUGAGGUUCUGUUACGGUGUUAAAUGUGUUAAAGUGCUCUAAAAGCUGUUUUCCUGUCUGGUAUUGAUCAUGUUAGAUAUAUUCUGAUGUGCUUUGUCUCUAAGUUGUUAGCUGUGUGAGCAGGAGCUGAGUCUGAGCGCUUUAACCACUCAAACUGAAAUGGAGACCCAACUAAACAACUCCUGGACCUGCAACAGCAACGCCGUUCAGGAUCUGCUGAAGGAGCUGAAGGACAGAAACAGUGAGCUGCAGAGCCUGAAGGACCAAAGAGAAGAAAUCAGCCAGCAGAUCCACCUCGAGUAAAACCGCACACCACAGCAGACGCUGAGCGUGAGGAACACUGUGUGUACAUGUGUGUAGAUGAUUCUGUGUUCGUGUAGUCGUGAGGAGAUGGACCGCAGGACGCUGCUGCUGCUGUACAUGGAUGAAGGCCUGAUGGACGCUCUGAUGAAGCUGGACGCUGCCAGGAAAGAAAAACAGAGGCUGGACCAACAGAUCCAUGAGCUGAGCACCAGAACCACAAAGCGGAGUAAAGUCUCUCUGCGCGAUCUGCAGAAACAGGAGGCCGCUCUGCUGGAGGAGGAGAACCAGCUGAAGCUACAGCUAGAGAACCUGAAGAAGGCUUUAGAGGACACUCAUAAGGACACGCAGAAAGGCCCUAAAUCUCUGGAGGAGAAUCAAACUCCACAAACCGACGCCUCUCAGAGCAAGACUGCCGCUAAAUCAGGGAGGAAAAGAGCAGCUCGCAAAUAACACGGCUUUAGUCCGUCUGAGCUCUCUGAGGAUCAUCUGCACACUUUAUUUCCUGUUUCCUGUUUCAAUAAACUGAUUCAAACCAAAACAGUGAUCUGUGACCCUUUACAGCAUAAAACACACAGGACAUUAAGAUUAAGACUGAGUGCCCCUUAUUAGUCCCACAACGGGGAAAUUUCACCUCUGCAUUUAACCCAUCUGUGCACCGGAGUGGUGGG